AUGGCAUUCGGUCUGACCCUGCGCAUGGCGCUACUGCUCCUCUUCGGGGUCCUAGCCCCUGCGGUGCUCACAGCCGAGGGCCCGCAGGAGCCCGUGCCCACCCUGUGGAACGAGCCGGCCGACCUGCCCUCGGGAGAAGGCCCCGUGGAGGGCACCAGCCCUGCCCUGGAGCCCGCAGCCACAGGCGCCCCGGCCCCCACCGCCCUGGCCAGCCCGGAGGACAGCACCGCGCGGGAGCACCUGGACCCCAGCGGCGGCGGCUCGCUGGGGCCCGGCGCCAUCGCGGCCAUCGUCAUCGCCGCGCUGCUGGCCACCUGCGUGGUGCUGGCGCUCGUGGUCGUGGCGCUGAGGAAGUUUUCCGCCUCCUGA